CACAGCUACCAAAAUAUAUGCUACCACGUUAAAUUGUUUUGKACUCGCGGCACUAAUGUAGCCUAUACAGAGCUCCGUGUUACAGUUAUAAUUCACUAAAAAUUAAUGUAUUAUUGUUAUACGAUAGAAAAGAAAUAAACAACACAUAUUCUCACAAAGUCACAAGACGACGAAUAGACAGAACACAGAAGUAUUUAAUUUCGAUUAAAUUAUUGUGAUUCAUUUUUCAUUACCCACGCUUUGAAGUAAGAGAAUAACUAUAGACUAUUUCAUUAAGAUAGAGACAAAUAUUAUGAACGAAUUAUUAAAUAGUGCGGUUAUUCGCUUCUUGGACAAUUGUGAUGAUGUUUUGAACAAUUUUCCUCAAGAUGGACAAAAACAAGUUAGUCGUUAUUAUGAAAUUGAUUGUCGUCACUCACAUAUUUUAAAUAAAUUGAUGAAGUUUACAAAAAAAACUGAUGAAUUUUCAUCUACUGAUGAACAACGUGUGAAGAAAAUGUUGAUUGAAUCUUUAGACCUGGCUGACAGRAAAGUAAACGUUGCUAACUGUCUAUUGGAUAUGGUUGAAAAGAACAUGAAUAAUUUAGAAAUGAACUAUAAAGAAGUUGAAAAUGCAAAAUUAGAUUUAAUAAAAUCAAAUAAAAGAAUGUUAAAAAGUGUGCCUGAAAAUAAGGGAAUUGAUUCAUUAAAAAUAGAUAAUUCUAAUAAGCGCCCUAAAAGAAAUGUAACAAAAAUAUCUACUGCAUUCAACAAAAGCGUAGAAUUGAAUGCAAAUUUGAACAAAAAAUCAAGCACUAAUCAAAAUAAAAAAAAAACCACAUCAAACAAAAAGUCUAAAGCACAGCCUUCCAAAAAUAAAAAAGUAGUUUCAAAUGUAAACAUUUCUGAUAGCGAUGGUAAUGAUGAUGAUGAUUUACAGCCAACUUAUUGUCUUUGUGAAGAGAUAUCUUAUGGUGAUAUGGUUGGCUGUGAUAAUGAUUUAUGUCCAAUUCAGUGGUUUCAUUUUGGCUGUGUGUCUAUACAUAGGAAGCCCAAAGGAAAAUGGUUCUGUCCAUUUUGUCGAGACACUAGUAAUAAUCCCAAAACCAUGAAGCCUAAAGAAAUAUUUCUUAAAGAACUUGAAGAGUACAAUGAACGUAAAGAAAAAACUGAUGAAUAGUACAAUCCAUCUAAAGAUUAUUUAUUUAAUUUGACGCUAAUUUGUUUUAAUGAAAAAGAAAUUCAUACAUUUUAUGUGUCAUAUAUUUAAGCAAACUCAAUUUUCAUGAAUGAUAAUUAUGUUAAUUAAUAAUAAUUUUAAACAUAGAAUAGUAUAUCUUUUUUUUCUUUUUUUCRCCUAAGUAAAUAGAAAUACAAUUUAU